AUGAUGCCUGAACGGCAGCCUCAAAGCAUUGCUUUUCGCCGUGCCUCGGAUGGAUGCACACUCCUGGGAGUAAACAAAUCCGAACGUCGCACUGCCACCAGUUCAAGACUGUUCCGACGCCGCUUAACGGAAGCAACGUCUCCCUCCACAAACUCCCCGGAACCGCUCCCUCCGUCUUUAUCCAGCAUCUACCGAACGUACAAGCGCGAGACGUCGACUGUGAUCGGCUGGCUCACAUCCUUUGAUAAAAAGGCUGACAACUCCAAGGAUGACCAGAAUCCUAUACCGCGAGAGUUGACUGUACGCCAGAUCGCGGAUCGUGCUCGCAAGGCCGCACGCGUGGGAACUAGACCACCGAAGAACAUCGAGCCGGCGUUCAAGAUGGUCAUCAUGAAUCGCAGCAGAUUGACUAGGCACUACGAGUCACUAUCAUUAUCUUCUCAAAGCAUUCAAGACUCGACUGAAGGCCACAAGGUCUUCAACGAGACAUUAGCUGAGGCUUACAGGUUGCUUUUUCCAAAACUGAAGCAGAGCAGGAACAACUCGAAGAAGUUACCAGAGGAACCUCCCAACCUUUCGUCCAAGAGCUGUACGAAUAGCUUCGGUACUCUUGCUGAGCUCAUCGAGGUGGAAGAAGAGUUCGAUGUUCCUGCAUACGAGCUGCGGUGCGACGACGCAACCACACUCAACGCCAAAACGUCCGCUAUCAAAGAUUCCAUUGGAAACUUUGUGGCGCUACAAGCGUGGCUGGCUGAAUCCCAAGCUAUCAUCGAGACCAUAAAGUCUAUAUGGACGUCUUUUGCAACCGGAGACCUGACCUUAUCGGCUGCAGGGUGGCUGACGAACAUGGCACAGCAAUGCGUUCGACACAUGGAAUUUCCCAACAACGUCGACUUCUCGAAGGCCUUAUUCUGUGGACAUAGACAUAUAAAAUACGGCACUGUACGACGCGGAGUCACUUUAGAAGAAUUAGGAGCAGCUGAGUUUAGCAAGAUUGCCAUUGACUCAUCAUUUGUCGUCGAAUUGACCCAUGGAUGCAGCAUGCAUUGGCCUUUUGCGCUUCUCGAACCCUUCGCUGACACAGAACAGCUUCCAGACUUUCCUGAAGAGAAGGCUCGCCGGCUCGAGAUUUACUUCCGCAGCGCUUCCGAAGAGCGAGUGACUAAGGAAAGCUUCGCGCAAUCUGUUAUACACUGGGUAGCCUGUACUCCAUCUGAGCUAAUCCCUGGGUUGACUGAGUACCCGGAUAGGGAUCACGAAGAAGAGAUAGAAACCAUCUGCAAGGACCGUUACGGCCAUGAUAGAAUUCUGCUUGCAUCUUUGGUCAAGGGCGCUUCUCAGCAUCCGCUCUACGAAGAAUACAACCCACAAUGUCCGCCGUUCGAUUGGGACUCCAAGUAUAUAGAGAAUGCCCUGACUGUCCCUCUUCUGUGUGAGCUCAAGAAAAAGGAAGGAUUUUCAGAUACCAUUGUAGCAGCGCAUAUGCUUCUUGAGAGUGGUCGAAGCUUCGUCCACAAAUCCGAGAAGAUAGGAAAACCCCCGCUCAACUGCCGAAUUCUCGUUCUGAGACGCGCAAACGAGGUUCCUGACGCGAUCGCUGAUCUAGAACGAGGAUGGACUUUCUUGCCGGUAGGUGAAUGGCUCGUGGAGCUGCUUGCCUCCAAGCUACACACAUUCCGCUCCAACAAGACUUUCGAUAUCUAUUCUCAGUCUCCCUGGGUUGCAGGAAGCCAGACGUCUAAUAUAUCAGACCUUUCGCUUUUCGUUGGACUCGAAAUACUUGGCGAAAGGAACUGCUUCGGGGCCGUUAUACAUCUCUACAACAUGUUGCAGCAGAUCCUGGAUGAAUGUGCGGAAAUUCCGAUACUAGAGCAUCUCAAGACUCUUUUCAGAUCGAAAGUCUUCCCAUGCAAUCAGGAGCCGCGAAGGGGCUUCGGCAAUACCUUUGGCUUGUUUCGUGGAGGUGCUAAGACGUACAAACACCCAGAGAUUGACAUGAGGAUAAUCGCUCGAGAUGGACGAAGAAAACCUGGUCGCGAGAAAGAGGUCUAUUCAAAGUUUUCACUAACACAUAUGUCUCUGGCAGCAUAUGAAAGUCUUUUUAGGGACUAUGCAUUCAGUCCCGAGUUCAUGCAUCGGCUUGCCGUAGAUCCCAAAGUACGUCGGAGGCAUGCGAAACUCUUCGACUGCUACUCGCCAUCGGAGCUCAUCCAGCGUGCGCGCGAGGUUCUUCGACCCGAGUAUGAUGGCACUUUCCCCGUAGCCCGACUGAAUUGUUUUGCCGUUCUUCGCCUUUGUCAGGAUAUACUGCUAGGGAUCGUAGCUCGUUUCAAGUCACUCGGCACAGCAGCAUGGCCACCAGAGGCCAAGGAACUACUCGAGGCAUUUGGGAUCAAAGAAGUAAGUGUCGAAAACGCCAUCUGUUACCUCACCAUGACGAUGCGGCUUGUUGACGGCAUGUGGUAUGGCGGCCACAAGAAUUUCAGUGGUAAAUACCACAAAAAGUUCAAGGACGCCAUCCUGGGCCUGACGCCAGUAGUAAUAAUGCGAGAAGUGAUCGCUGAGGUAUGCGAGGGUAAAAACGUGGAGGAUUUUCUAUGGAAAAAUGUUUGA